AUGGCGUCGAGCCAGAAAGCCGCCCGCGUGGGCGAAGAGAUCUGGAAGACGCGAGUGGACAAAGUCAAUGCUGAGCUGGUCACCCUCACAUAUGGGACAAUCGUGGCACAAUUAUGUACAGACUACGACUAUGAUUACACCCAGGUUGGCUUCAAAAUCUUUCUGAAUAUUACGCCUACCGUCACGAACUGGACUGCCGACAACAAGCAAUUCUCAUUGCUGUUCGACGAAAACCCACUGGCGGACUUUGUGGAACUUCCGGACGACGGGCGGGCUCAAGAUGAGCUGUGGUUCUCCAACAUCCUCUGCGGUGUUCUACGUGGAGCAUUGGAAAUGGUCCAGAUGUCCAUUGAGGCACGUUUUGUCAGCGACAUGCUUCGAGGCAACGAUGUAACGGAAAUGCGGGUCACCCUGAUUCGGUACAUCGAAGACGAGAUGCCUCCUGACGACGAAUAG